CCUGCCCACUGGGAGGAUGGAGAUCUCCGUGGCUGCCCUCUCCUUCCUCAUCCUUGCUGCUGCCUUUGGAUCCCAGGCCCUGGUCAUACAUGGGGUGAAGACAAUGGAAUUCCUGAGCACAGAGCAUCAAUUUGAGCCUCCCAUAGUUCAAAAAGACUUCCAUCAACCUUCUGACUGCUGCUUCUCCUACAUUUCACGAAAAAUCCAGUGUUCAAACAUGGAAGAUUAUUUCUUAACUAGCAGUGGGUGCUCAAAGCCGGGUAUCAUCUUCCUCACCAUAAAGGGGAAACAGGUCUGUGCUGAUCCCAGAGAUUCGUCAGUUCAGGAUUGCAUGAGGAAACUGAAGCCCUAAAAAGGUCCUAAAGCCAGGAAACUAUGAAACUCGCUUGAGGAGAAGGGGCAGAAGGUACC